AUGGUUUAUGAAUGUAUUCCUCUCCCAAAGGAGGUGGGAGAUAUGGCUCCUAUCUAUUUUAAGAAAGCCAUAAUGGAAUCUGAUGAAGAAUGGUCCAUGAAUAAGAAGUUGAUUGAUCUCUCUUCAAAAGACAUCAGGAAGUCUGUUCCCAAAGGCUUACCUUAUUUCUCUGUGGAUUUUGGCCUCCGAGGAGGGUUUGCCCAUGUCAUUGAAGAUCAGCACAAAUUUCCUCCAUACUUUGGAAAGGAAAUCAUUGGUGGGAUGUUGGAUAUAGAACCAAGACUUUGGAGGAAAGGAAUCCGAGAAAGCUUUGAGGAUCAGAGGAAGAAGGCGCUACAGUUUGCUCAGUGGUGGAAACCAUAUGACUUCACCAAAAGUAAAAAAUGUUGAGGCCUAACUUUCAUUUUUAAUUUUCUCUUCAGAUCCUGUUCAGUUUUAUUUCCAUUAUAUAUCACUAAACACUUGACCCUCGGAUCAUAGAAAGAGAUUGACAGCAGCAGACUGCUCUGGGUUCCUGACAACUCAUGCAGUUGUAGUGUUUUCUUCCCCACCUGCUCCUAAAGACUUCAUUCAUUUCACUGACUUCCACAUGUGUCUGUGUAUGUGUACAUUGGACGGCCUGCUCACAUUCCUGGUCUGUCCAUACUUGGUGUUCUGAACUAGUCAGUUAAUUUAGAAAAGGGCUU